AUGUCAAGUCUAGCAAAGCGCAAAGCUGAGAAAGAUAUAUCGCCGCCGAAGACGAAGAAGACAAAGACGAUUAUUCCCGCCUAUCAUCUUACCUCUUCAAGACAGGAUGAGUCUGGAGAGAUUAUCUGGCCGGCACGGAAGGAGCAGAUUGAACGCGCGCGAGAAAUCAUUAAAGAAUGUGCUGAAGCCAAAAAACCAAUUGUCAUCUUACCCGACAAAGAUGCCGAUGGACUCUCCUCUGGCGCCAUACUCCAUCAUACAGUCACCGCUCUAGGUCUACCACCUUCUCUCAUAUCCGUUUACUUUCCCCCUAAAGGCUCCAACGUGCACGAAUCCACCACAAAGGCAGCUUUAACGGCCAUGUCCCCCUCCUACAUUUUCGUCCUCGACCAAGGCAGCAGAAAAACACCACCCAUCAUCGACCUACCACAUACAUGUCUCGUCAUAGAUCACCACUUUGCAGACGAAGGCGGAUUCCCACAAGGUGCCGAUUACGUCACAGCUCACGACUGUCCACCAGUCGCAACCAGCGCCUUAUUAACAUAUACUAUCUGUCUCCCGCUACACGCAGACCUUCACGAUAAAGUGUCUUGGUUGGCUGCAUUAGGUACACACGGCGACCUCGGAAGCAGCAUUAAGUGGGAACCGCCCUUUCCUGACAUGACAGCGACGUUCAAACUUCAUCCCAAGAAAGCCAUCAACGACGCCGUUGCCCUAGUCAAUGCGCCUAGGAGAUCAGCAGCGUACAAUGUGCAUGACGCGUGGGACGCUGUUAUAUCAGCGACCACUCCGGGGGAUAUAACAACAAAGAACGAGAAGCUUCAACUUGCUUCCCUAGAAGUACGGCGUGAGACGGAACGCUGCACACACACGCCGCCAAAGUUCUCGGCUGAUGCUACGAUUGCGCUGCUUACGAUAUCGAGUGCUGCGCAAAUCCACCCCGUUAUCGCUACACGCUGGUCCGGCACGCUCAAGUCAAAUAAACUGGAGGUGGUCAUGUGCGCGAAUGAAGGAUACCUUCCGGAUAAAGUCAACUUCUCUUGUCGGGUUGCCAAGUGCGCGCGGGCCAGAGAAGGGGAGGAGAAAGUCGACAUUAUCAAGAAGCUAGAGAGUAUUGUUGCAGACGACAAAGAGUUGAGAAACAGACUAGGUGAAAGCUUUGCGAGGGGGCAUAAAGAGGCUAGUGGGGGCAUUGUGGGGAAGGGAGAGUGGGAGGAAUUCAAGAAGUUGAUGGGUAUGAAGUACGCCACCGUUCUCCUCGCCGCCGCGGCAACCGUCUCCGCCCACUCGACCUGGCAGGAACUAUGGGUCGGCACUGAAGACAAAGCUGGCACCUGUGUGCGAACUGUCAAGGACAACAGCCCAGUCACUAGUUUGACAUCGCCGGACAUGUUCUGUGGUCGUGGUCCUGCUGCUUCGUCUGGAGUUUGUGAAGUCGCUGCCGGCGGUUCCCUGACCGUAGAGAUGCACGCCCAGCCCAACUCUCGCUCCUGCUCCCAACCCGCCAUCGGCGGCAACCACUACGGCCCCGUUCUAAUCUACAUGGCCAAAGUCGCCGACGCAAAAACUGCCACAUCAGGUUCCUUCUUCAAGGUCGCAGAGGACGGUUACACCGGCACAACGGCCUCGUGGGGAACUGAGAUCCUCAAUGCCAACUGCGGAAAGCGCGCCUUCACCGUGCCGAAGAACAUUGCUUCGGGCGAUUAUCUGGUUAGGGCCGAGGCGAUUGCUCUGCAUGCUGGAGCGAACAACCCGCAGCCGUAUGUCAGUUGCUUCCAGGUCAAGGUUACGGGAGGUGGUAGUGCGACGCCUGCAGGUGUUAGCUUCCCGGGCGGGUACAAGACUAGUGACCCGGUGUUUACAAAGGCGAUUUAUGAUUCUAGUUUCAAGUAUGUAAGCCCCGGGCCGGCUGUUUACUCUGGAUAA